UACAUGUUACAGAUACAACAUUUGUCGCACGGUCAAAUAGAAAUAGGUAAAGUGUUAUUGACGACAGUGACGGCACUGCAGAGUGCGCUAACCGCGUGAGUACCUGCCGUGACCGAGCGUGGGAGGAGGCGCACAAGAUUCAAAUGUUUCGUCGUUAAUGUAGUGAAAUAUAUUCCAUACUCAUGACGUUUUAAUGGAGACGAUUGGAACAAGGGCAGCCUCGGGCUGUACCAUCAGCUACGAAACAUGAAACACGCCAAUCCUUUCACAUAGGUGGGUGUUGCCUGAACAUUGCGGAGAGAAAAGUUUUUUUUCUUCUUCGGGCGAUAUCUGCAACCCCUCCUCUCCCCUAAAACUCCGCUCAGACUCUUAAAAGCUUGGGGUUUGCAUUCUUUUAGAAACGUCGCCAUGGUACCUGUCUGCCUCAUUUCAAUCCAACCCCAUCAAAAGCCCAUAUAAACCCCUUUAGACUAAUCACCAUGAUCAUUCCCUCUCAAAUCGAGGAAUUUGUGGAAAUGUAAGUAGGCGCGCCCCCGCCGCAGAGCAGCAUCAGCAGCAGUAUGUGAGGAUGCGCGCUCCCGUCUCCACCGAGAGCUCCUCGUUCACCAUCCCGGCCAGGAGAGUUGGAGCAGCCUGAGCCAAAGUUGUGUGGAGCGGCAGUAAAGGGAUGCGGUGGUGCCCACUAGGCAGGUGGACGCAGCACGCGGUGUAACGGUAAAACAAGCGUACAACGGUGGGGCGACGAGACACCAACGGCAAGGAUGAGCCUAAAAAUGUUGUGCCCGAGCCUGCUUGUCCUGCUCGCGUGUCAGCUCUGCUCGUCACGGAAAUGUGUCGAUCCCCUGGUUGCACCUCUCUAUGCCUCCUCUUUCCUGGCCUCCUCCAGAUAUAACUUCAUAUACUCUGCUAACUUUGCCAAACUAUAUGGCAGCAGCGGCUGGUCUCCCUCUCCCAUAGACAGGCAGCCGUGGCUGCAGAUUGACCUGGGGAAGAAGUACCGGAUCACGGCCAUCUCCACUCAGGGCACCUUCAACUCCUACGACUGGGUGACCAAGUACAUGGUGCUGUUUGGGGACCGCCCCGAUGCCUGGACCCCAUACGUCAUGAAAGGGGGGAACAUGACAUUGCCAGGGAACUGGAACUACUACCAGGUGAAGAGGAACGUAUUCCACUACCCCUUCACGGCAAAGCAUGUACGGUUCCUGCCCAUGGGCUGGAACACGGAGAACAGAGGCAAGAUCGGCGUCCGGCUGGAACUGUACGGCUGCCCUUACGACUCGUACGUGAUGCACAUGGAAGGCAAUGACAUGGUGGCCUACAAGUUCCCCGAGAAGUUCCGCACGCUGCAGGACCACUUUGCGCUGAACUUCAAGACCCUGGAGAGAGAGGGGACGCUGCUGCACAGCCAGGGCCAGCAGGGAGACCUGCUCACGCUGGAGCUGAAGAGGGGUCGCCUCUACCUGCACAUGAGCCUCGGCAGCAGCACUGUGCACCAGACGGACGGCUUGACCAGCAUCCGUGUGGGGAACUUGCUGGACACGCAGCACUGGCAUUACGUCACCAUCAAACGCUACGGCCGUCAGGUCAACUUCACGCUGGACAGCCAGACCGAGACGGCCGUCCUCAAUGGAGAGUUCAACUACUUGGACCUGGAGACGCAGAUGUAUGUUGGAGGGGUGAUCGAGAAGGACCUGCCCCAUCUGCCUGGCAGGCCAAACUUCAGAGGCUGCUUAGAGAACGUCUUCGUCAAUGGAGUCAACGUCAUUAAAAUGGCACAGAACCAGGAACCUGAGAUCCGGCUAGCAAAUGGAAAGACAAAGAUGCACUACACGUGCCGCGACCUGCUAUGGAGGCCCGUGACCUUCAUUGGGCCCAACAACUACCUGCAGGUGCCCGGCUUCUACCGCAAGGACCGGCUGGCCGUGCGCUUCAAGUUCCGCACGUGGGACUACACUGGCCUGCUCAUGUACACCCGCUUCGCUGAUGACCUGGGCUCCCUGGAGCUGGGCCUGAGCGAGGGCCAGGUCAACAUCACACUCUUCCAGCCGGGCAAGAAGAGGCUCAGGUUCGCCGCAGGCUACCGAUUGAACGAUGGCUACUGGCACACAGUGGACUUGGCAGCCAAGGACAACCUGCUGUCGGUGACCAUAGAUGAGGACGAGGGCUCACCGCUGAAGAUUACCAACCCGUUCAUGGUGCGGACAGGUGACCGCUACUUCUUUGGGGGCUGUCCAAAGACCAAUAACACGGGCCGGUGUGUGACGAAGCUCAACACCUUCCACGGCUGCAUGCAGCAGAUAUUUGUAGAUGACGAACCGUUUGACAUCGACAUCAUGCUGCAACGGAAAUGGGCCCGCUACACAGAGGAAAUGGGCACCUGUGGCAGGUGUAUACCGAACCCGUGUGAGCACGAGGGUCGAUGUAUUCAGUCCUGGAAUGACUUCCUGUGCGUGUGUGAAAACACAGGAUACAAAGGAGAAGUCUGUCACAACUCUGUGUACAGGGAGUCCUGUGAGGCGUACCGACUCAACGGGAAGUACUGGUCAGGGAACUACACCAUAGAUCCAGACCUGAGUGGACCGCUGAAACCCUUCAUGGUCUACUGCAAGAUGACCCCAUUCAAAUCUUGGACGAUAAUUGAGCACAACCGUAUGGAAUACACAAAGGUGUCUGGCUCCACUGUAGACCGGCCAUACAUAUGGGAGGUCCGGUAUGUGAACGCCAGCUGGGAUGAGGUCACUGCUCUGGCCAACACGUCCCUGUACUGCGAACAGUGGAUCGACUUCUCAUGCUACAAGUCCCGCCUCCUCAACACACCCAAUGGGAGGCCAUACAGCUUCUGGAUUGGUCGCAAUAAUGAGAGUCAUGAGUACUGGGGCGGAGCCUUCCCAGAGAGUGGGAAGUGUGGCUGUGCCAUCAACCACACCUGCACCGACGCCAAGUUCCAGUGCAACUGUGACGCAGACUAUCGCCAGUGGUACUCAGAUAAGGGCUACCUGAUGUUCCGGGACCACCUACCUGUCAGGAAGAUCGUUAUUGGCGACACCAAUCGCACCGGCUCAGAGGCUCAGUUCAGCCUGGGGCCGCUCCGUUGCCAUGGAGACCGAAGCAUCUGGAACACCAUCGCCUUCACCAAGCCCACCUACAUCACUUUCCCCACGUUCGUCCCCGGCCCCAGCGCUGACAUUACGUUCCACUUUAGAACCUACCGCUCCAGUGGUGUGUUCGUGGAGAACGCAGAUGACCACCACCGCAACUUCAUCCGAGUGGAACUCAACUCCACCCAAGAGGUGAUAUUUGUGUUCAUGGUGGGUGACGGCAUACAGAACGUGACGCACCGCUCGCCGCGACCACUCAAUGACAAUGAGUGGCACUACGUGGAGGCUGAGCUCAACGUGAAGAUGGCACGCCUAAAGGUGGACUUCUAUCCGGCUGCCAUCCGGAAGUUUCCAGGCCAGACCUAUGUUAACAUGCAGUUCUCUCAACCACUGCUUGUAGGUGCUGCCAACCACACGCUGAGGCCUUUCCUGGGCUGUAUGCGGGGCUUGCGGCUCAAUGGUGUACCGGUCGACUUGGAGGGAAAGGUGGACGAAGAAGUGGGGAUCCGGCGAAACUGCACAGGUGCCUGCUUGAACGCUACCAUCCCCUGCCGCAACGGUGGCCAGUGCAUCGACGGCUACGUCGACUACUGGUGCGACUGCAACAACACUGCCUUUGACGGCUUUUACUGCCAUAAGGACAUCGGGGCAUACUUUGAGGCAGGCUCUUGGCUGCGCUACGACGUCCGCAAAGAGCCCAUCUCUGAGGACGCGUGGUGGGCCAACUACUGGAUAGACCCGCACUGGCACAACUACAGCCUGGGCUACAAUGACACGACAGACGACAUCGAGUUCAGCUUCAGCACAGUGCAGACGCCCGCAGUCCUGCUCUACAUCAGCUCAUUCUAUAAAGACUACAUCGCCGUGUUGUUAAACACAGAUGGAAGUCUGGGUCUGAGGUACAGGUUGGGUAUGAUGACCUAUAAGUACCAGCUCACCUAUCGCAACCUGGCCGACGGCUACCCACACUUCGUCAACAUCACCAGACAUAACAGAACACUGAGAACCCAGGUGGACUACAUGGAACCAUGGUAUGAGGUGGUUGCUCUGGAGGUAGACGCCAGGUUUGACUCACCCAAGUCCAUGUUCCUGGGCAGAGUCAUGGAGGUGGGUGAUAUAGACUAUGAGGUGGCACGGCACAACAGCCCCGGCCUACAGGGCUGCAUCUCCGGCGUGCGCUACAAUAUCUUCGCCCCGCUGAAGACGCUCUUCAGGCCAAAUGUAACGAAUCCGCCGGUAACAACGCACGGCUACGUGGUAGAGUCCAAUUGCGGCGCGUUCACUCCUAUACACGGCUAUGUUCCAUGGGAGGUGGACCCAUGGUGGACUGGCCUAUUCUUCUACUACAUCCACGAUGACGUGACACCGCCUUGGAUGACCCUAAUCAUUGGAUCUGCCGGCAUCCUCCUCUUCCUCAUUCUGUAUGGGCUGUAUCUGUACCUGUAUCGGUAUAAGGGCAGCUACCUCACCAACGAGCCCAAGAACCUAGAGUCUCCCAGCAGCUCACGGCCACUCACCGAACCCCCGACCAAGGAGAAGGACCUGCAAGAGAUCCAGGACGAGCCCCAUAAGGCCUAGCACGCUAACUCUCUUUCUCUUCCUUCGGCUUUCACUCUUUUUUCUUUCUAUUUCUCCUUCAAAUUUCCCUCCCAUUUCUCUCUCAGUUGUCUCUAUCCCCUGCUUCUCUCCCUGUUUGUAUGUCUGAUCCGAGCUGGUUGACAGAGAAUUGGAACCGUUAGGAGCAUAUGCUAAUACUUCCCAAGGACCCCAUCAGGACCCCAGGGCUUGUUGGCAAAAGUGCCUGAUUAAAGAUAUCACAUAAAAGAAAAUGCAGAACAGUUAGAGGUCACUCAAUGCAACAACUCUCCCCCAACUCAACCCAACUGUCCCCUGCUGUCACCACCACCAGAUCUCCCUCAAUGGCCCUUGACUCUGAGGAGAGUUUGGAGUGCCAGCUCUACUCACAAGCUUCACCAUCAGUUCACACUGACAGGAUGGCACAGUCACACCCCCAGCAACAUGACAUGAAAAGUCUCCAGGCAAACUUGGGGAAAGUAUAUUUUCAUGUCAUGAAAUUAUAUCUACAGUCAGAUUCUAUUACAUUCUAAGAAGCAUGAAGCCAUUAGAAUAUCCAACGAAAUAUGACAAGCAUUAUUUUACAACAUGCUCUGAAGUAUAUGACAUAUUGGCAAUAUUAAGAUCCGACUUUCUUAUGAGUAUUUACCAUGUUGCAGGUGUUGGUAAAGAUUGUAUCUGAAGACUAACUUCAUAUGUAUCUGGUGCUGGCGCAUUUGCCUGGGCACCAUGUUUUGAGACAUCAGCACAACUUGUAAGAGGUGUCACGCCAAAGCGUGCAAGGUUGGCCACCUGUCACGAGGCCUCAGCAAAGCCUGUGCAGGACAUGAGAGGAGGCUCAGAGGGAAUAGCAGCAGCAUUCACAACAGGACACAGGGAAAAGGAAGUCUAUCUAGCCUAUCUAGAAGGCUGUAGCUAUCGGAAGACUAGGCAUCCUUUUUUGGAGGCACAAGGUUUUCACGGAAAACUGUAAAAUACUGUAAAAAAACAAGUAGUUACGCAAAGAUUCCGCUUACUCAUUGUUCACUCUAUCCUUGUUGUGCUUAACUGAUUUUGGAAAACAUUCACAUCUUCAGGUCAGUCAGGCUAGUGUGGUUUUGCAGAACAAAAAACACAACUGGUGCUAGUGGGUGUUAGCGCGUAGUGCAUGCGCUCUCUGCCGUGGUAUGGCCAGUGUGUGUGUAGGUGAUUAUAUGAGGUCAAGUCAAGUCAGAGGACUGGUGUUUGAUAAAAUCCUAAUAAAAUGAGACUCAGGGUUUGUUGGACAAAAGAAAGCAUGAUGUUGUUCAUGCACGUGUUUGAAGAGAAAGCUUUAGCCCCCUUGCUGCUUCUGUCCUCUGAAGAUCUAUUGUGCAGGAUGCAGUGUGAGCUGGCAGAGGUUGGCGAGAGGCUUACGAUCUCUCCUAUGGCUACUAACUAAAUGUCCAGAACAUCUGUCACCUCACUGAAGCAGCACAGGAGUGUUCAGUGAAUCUCAAGUAGCCUUGGUCAAUAGCCGUGGCCAAACUGAUAGUCCAAGGAAGGGCUGCAUGUGGUGUGAGCAAUCAAUGUGCUGCAUCACACAGGUCUCUUCAGCUUGACUGGAACAAACACCUGCAGCCCACUGUGGACAAACUUGGACAGUCCUGUUUUUAGUCCACCUCUAGGAAAGAGAGAAAUGUGUUUGUACAGGUGGAUCUGUCAGUAAAAGUGUGUCUUUUGGGAUUGAUCCUGUGUGGCAUGUGGGGAGGUAUGCUUCAACAAAAUGACUAUACUGCUUGUGGUCUAGGCUUAGGUAGAUGGUGACAGUAAAUGUAUGUGAACUCUAUUAAAAAAACAGGAGUCAAAAUGGCAUAUUGGUCUUUUCAUAACAUUGUCAACGGCUUCAGGGUUUUUUUUGCAAGUGAAUGUGCUUCCAUAGAAUGCAACCGUUUGACCUCAGCAUGCUGCCUGUGAUCAUCAGGGACGCUCGUCCUCCACCCUCUGCUGCACAGCUGAAACAUGACCUCAGCUCUGAUUACAGAUCUCGCUGCUGUUUCUGUGUUCAGCCCUUUUUUUGGUACAGUCACAAUAUUUGCAGUGGUAAUGCUGAAUCACUAAGCAGAUCAGAAUCCUGUAUCAGAGACCUGCUUGUGUGACCAAUGGCUUUAUGCUAACAAUCCUCUUCCCUCUAAACUAGAGGGUGUUUCUGAGUGCACCACUCCAAAUGGCUUCAUGAUUUGUCGUCAUAUGACUCUUCAUCGCCUCCCAGUGGCCACCAGCUCCUACUUCAUGCAGCAGAUAAUGGAACAGAGUUGAAUAUAAGCAGUCUCUGAGAUCAAUUACGUCAUCCUAUUCAUCUCUUUGAUGCCUGCAGUAGGACAGCGUGUCUGCCUCCGCCCUUAGCUACCCAUGAGAUCAUCGUAACCCAAAGCAGUCGGUGGAGAUGCCAUCCUGCUGACUACAGUGCUGACGCAGAAGAAGGUCAAUGUCAGAAGCCAUUAGAGAAGACCUAGAUAGAAGCCAUGUGCCAUUCUUUUGAAAAGCUAUGCAUCCCAACGGCAUGUCUUCUGCACUUUGCUCCGUAACGCAAUAAUGAGUUUUUUUCGCUUCCAGCACUAGUUGAGUCAACUAAGACACCUCCAGUUGCACUUAGAGUAUUCUAUUUAUGUACACAUAAAUAUAUGAAUUGUAUAUGAACUUUAAUUCUAAAUUUGACCGGUUUGUACUGUAAUGGUUGAAAGAUGAUGAAGUGAGAUUUGACUGUGAGUGUUAAGAGGACUAUGGACCAUCGUUGCUUCAUGUGCAUGCUGUUCUGUGCUGUGCGAGUCUGAGUUAAGGAAUUGGUUGCUAGGUAAACCCACUCCAUUCCCUCCACUGUGUCCCACUCUUCUACCUCUGGAUGAUCACUCUCCAUUUGGGCGUAUAUCUGCAGCCCCCCCCCCCUGUUGUCUUGGUUCCCGUUGUCCAGCUUCCCUCUGCCCGCUGUCUUCCUCAUCACAACACGGUUCAAGACCAUCAUGUCUUACAAAACAGGGAUGUUUGUUGUAUAUUUGUAUUAUCUUGUUCAAAUAGUGUAUAGAGAAUAUGUGUUGGUUGGGUCAUGCCACUAUUAGUCAUACCACUGACGUGUCACUCUAGUUUCUCUCUGUCCAUUAUGAAUGAGGUGAUGCAGCUGGGUGCAAGUCAAACGGUGUAGCCAGUAGCCAGUACUAAAGCCUUCAUGUGUGGGACAUAAACUUGUUUAUAAAAAGUGACUUAAGCAUUCCUAGCACAGCGUAAUAUAUGUCUUUCAAAUGGAAUGUGUGUACAUAGAGACUCAUUCGCUCAGUAAAGUUAGCGUUCAGGGCCCAACUAUUUUGGAUAGAGGGGGCAAGAUGUGGGAUGUAGAAUCCAUCCAUCAGGUCCAUGAUAGGAUGUUGGCUUCAGCGAUUUUUUGCUAAUCACUAUAUCACAGAUGAAGGUGAACUAGAAGGAUGAGUUUGGUUCACAAGGUCAGAGUUCAAGUUCAGGGGUCAAAGGUCAGGGAAAGCUCUUCUGGGUCGCCUGCAGUGUUUCACCACUUUCAGAAGACAUUGAUUAUUCCUAUUUUUUUCCCUUUUCUAGUCAUUUUAUUUUUUUCUGUGUUAAUACUGUUGUAUAUAAUCAUGACUGUGUAAAAUUGAGACGCUAAACCAAACUGUCACUUCAAUAAAAUAAGCUUGAAGGAA